UCUCAGACAUCAACUCAUCGUGAGGGAACCACCCUGAGUAUCCCCAAACACUGACAGAAGAUGGACAAGAGACUCAUCUCCACCAUCCUAGCUCUGCUGCUGAGUCUAUCACUUGCACAUCACCUCGAGGAUCUUGAAAGUGAAGAUGCAAACGAAAUAGAGGAUCCUGAUGAUUUGGACAUCACUACCAGAAUUAUGCAGUCCAACAAUGGGUCCAUCGAGAUGCUGAUGGAGGGAGAUCUGAUUGUAUCAAACACCAGAAAUGCCAUGAAGUGCAGGAAUAACCGAUGUCUGUGGAAGAAAUCCUCAGAUGGACUUGUUGAAGUGCCUUACACUGUUAGCCGUGAAUUCUCAUAUUAUCAGAGGAAGAGGAUAGUAAAAGCCAUGAAGACCUUCAACAUACAAACCUGCAUUCGCUUUGUUCCCCGUUCGAGUCAGAGAGACUACAUCAGUAUUGAGAACAGAGGCGGCUGUUAUUCCUAUCUGGGGAGAACUGGUGGCAAGCAGGUAGUGUCUCUGUCCAGAUAUGGUUGUGUUUACCAUGGUAUCAUUCAGCAUGCGCUGAACCAUGUGUUGGGUUUCUAUCAUGAGCACACAAGGAGCGACCGGGACGAAUACGUCAGAAUCAACUGGGAGAAUGUUGCACCACGCACCAUCUACAACUUUCAGAAACAAAACACUAAUAAUCUGAAUACUCCAUAUGACUACACUUCUAUCAUGCACUAUGGAAGAACUGCUUUCUCGACCAAUGGAAAGGACACUAUAACUCCCAUAUCCAACCCAAACCAAUCUAUUGGACAGAGGAGACGUAUGUCCAUGGGGGACAUUCUGAGGAUCAAGAAGCUAUAUAACUGUUAUAAGGAGUCAAUGACAAGGAAUGGGAAGGAAAUCACAUCCUGCACUUGACCAUCCCCACAUGGCCCAUCUGCAGCAUUAAACCUGACCAUAUAUUGGGCUUGGUUGUGGUGGGAAUAGGUGCUCUCUAGGGACCCUCCCUGGUUGACUGGGUGCCUGCAGCGUUCUUGCUUUCCUCCUGCUCAUGUCUGUGCAAGCUUGGCUUGCAGGCCUUAAUGCGCAAAGCAGCAACUGGCGACAUCACGUGCUUCAGAUGGGAGAAUGUUUCUGUACGCACUCUCCUGUAUCGGCCACAGAGAUUUCAGCUUUAGAGCGGCCAUAUACAAUCAGACAUUCC